AUGGAUUGGAUUGGCGCCAUCGGAAUGAGAAUGGAGCUUUACUCUUGUCAAAGUAAGUUACUGGCUGGAUUAUUGUGCUUCACUCUAAGAAAUGAUCACCAUAAAACUUCUCCCUUUAAUAUAAAGAAAAACACCACUUAACUUGGCGAAAUGCGAGGCAAUAGCGCGCGUACACGACGCGUUCUAUCCGUUUACGCAGGUUUCACGUGUUUCUUAUAACAUCCUCUUCAACUGUCGUAUUACACUGUCCAAUUACAAGCAUGAUGCGUACACUGUCCUCUAAGUGAUCAAAUAAGGCUAGUGAUAACGAAAUACCUUCAAACAUUUUUUCAUUCUUUUGAUUACAUACGUAAUUGCAAUAUGGCAGUGAAGCUCAAACAUUUUAUGUGGCAUCCCCAACCCUAACCCUAAACCCUAAACCCUAGCCCUAACCCUAACCCUAACCCUAACCUAACCCUAACCCUGAGCAAUUUUUUAAGUAAUGAACAUGUAACUUCUUUUUAGCGUUUAUUUUCAGAAUACGUCAUCCAGCGAGCAUACAGAUGAAAAGAUGAGAUGAAUCUAUCAGCUGAUAGGCACUUUUUCUGAUAGAGCACCAAAUUUUCUGAACUUGCACUAUGUCUACUGGUAAACGCAUAAUAGCUGAAAGGAUGAAUUUUCAAUCAAAUCUUGAAAGUCUAACGGUUAAGGCGGGGGAAUUGAAAUAAAUGGCAUUGAACUAUAUUGUGCGUGCUCGCUUAUGAUGUUUUGUCUCCAUAUUUUCUUAUUUGUAGACGAAUAACAGAAGUUUACGAAGAAUAUCACUGUGAUGUAAUCCCUCCUUUGCUGACACGAUGUAAUCCUUGUUUGUGGGCUACAAAGUGCAACACCUACUUGACUGAUGCACCAAUUAAUUAUCGUUAUUAAUAACAGAUUGAAUAGUAGUUUAAGCGUAUAAGUCAUUAUUAUUAAUGAUGUGAGCGAAAUGCACCAAUGGCAGCACAUAAAAACGCACCUGUGAAAACGAACGAACGAAUAUUCUCUUUUUGGAGCCUCAUGUUCAAUUAACCUCAGUGCCUGACGAAGACCCACUUAUGUUUAGAUGGCCUCGAUGAAAACCAAGGUAGUGUCUUGUAAUAAAAUAUGUAAUUUUUCAUGGUCUCUUAACUACUUCAACAAUGUAAUUGGCUUUGUUUCGUUGGAAGUGGAUACAUAAGUCAGUAUUCAUUAUGAAAAGAGCGGCAAGGAACCUCUGAUGAGUUGGCAUGCCGUUAAAACGUGUUUACCAAGUGUUUUAGUUAAACCUGCCAAAAUGCAAAUGAAUAUCGCGUGUGAGUGUAUACUCAGAUAGCCAGAGAUAUUAUGCUUUGGAAUUGUUGAAAAUUAAUAGCACAAUAAAGGAACUUUGUACAGCUGUUAAGGUUCAGAGACUGGUAUUACACUUCUUAGGGCGAAACUGGUAUUGAUUAAUAAUUAUAAUAAUAAUGAUAAAAAUAUUGAUAAUAAUAAUAACAUUGAUUAAAAAUUGGCAGUGAACACCUUGGCUCUUCUAGUCCGCAACAGGAAAAUAUUGAAAGUCCUUAACUUUUCGCGACAGACGAAUCUGAGAUUAAUAUGAUAAAAAUACUUCAUUUAUAUAAUGCUAUUUCUAUCGCUAUCCAAUAGCGCUAUGCAAUGAUUUGAAAAUAUCUCACGUAGAAAUAUCUAGAACAUGAGUACGAUAAACUAACUAAUAAAAUAACUAAGCUGUCAAAAUUAGUAUAAAAACUAAGAAUAAUAAAACCUCGUAAUGAAAUUUACUAACUAACUACCUACCUACCUACCUACCUACCUAAAGAACUAUUUAACUGACGAACCAAUAGUAAAAUAUCUGGUUAAAAAGCUUUCCUAAAAAGAUGUGUUUUAAGAUUGCGCUUGAAUUGCAACAAAUUGACGCUUGAACGGAUUUCCAGCGGCAGUGCGUCCAGAGUUUAGCCGAGGCUAUAGAAAAUGAUCUUGAACCAUAUCUGGUAAGUUUGUAAACAACGUCAACGAUGGCCAAACGAUGGCCAUUAAUUGAUCUUAAAUAGCGUCUGGGCACAUAUUUUGUUAUAAGAUCGCAGAGGAAUGUUGACGCUAAGCGGUUCAAACAUUUAAAUGUCAAUAAAAGAAUCCUAAAACAAUGCGCUCUUCAAUAGGCAAUCAGUGGAGUUUACAAAGUACUGAUGUUAUAUGAUCACAUUUACGCGUAUGAGUAACAAUCUUGGCUGCUGCAUUUUGAACGCGCUAUAGUUUCCUGAGUGAUUCCUUUGGUAGACCAUACAAAUAUAAGUUGUACAGAUGAUGUACUGAUAUAUAAUAAUACUGAUAAAUAUUGUAAUAAAAUGCGGAUACUGUAUCAGUGUUCUCCCUUAUUUUAAGCAUGACAGGUAAAAUAAAUUUUCAAACCGGUAAAGCAAUCCUUUUACCUGUUGAAUUUCAAGAAUUCCAAGCAAUUCUAAACGGUAAUAAGAGGCACUAUAGGCGGUAAAUGUUACCAGUUACCGCCUGAAAAGGAGAACACUGGAUACUACAAUAGACUGACACUAAAUUAAAGAAUAGUUCCCUUGUUUAAAGUCACUGAACUGACCUUAAUGCUCACACUUAGCGUUUAUAGGAGUUCACGCAUUUUACAUCGCAUUACUUUAACUUUUAGCAGUGAUAAAAAUGAAACUUAUCCCUAGGUUCUUAAUACAUAAUCUUAAAGCAGGCGAGAAAAUGAGAUGAAUCUAUCAGCUGAUGGGUUUUGUAUCUGAUUGAGCAUCAAAUUAUUUGAACCUGUUUACAAAUAAAAGUAUAGGAGCUGAAAGGAAGAACCACUGUGUAGAAAACCCUUGUCUAAAGGGUGGAUUGUGCAGGAAUAUUACUAAUGAGUACAAGUGCACCUGUUCUGAUGGAUACACCGGCAGCCAUUGUGAUCAAGGGGGAUGGACGGCUUUUUUAUACUAAACGGAUAUACUACCGCCAUUAGAGCGACAACGUUAAGGACGCUAGAUCGUUGUUUUAUUUUUAUCCAUCCUUUUGUUUUUAUCCGCUUUUGCAGAAAUACCACAAUAUUCUCUGAUAUGCAGAUGUUGUUGGGAUAUUUUACGUAUAGAGCUAAUCUUUUGAGUGUGUCAGUUCGCAGCACGAACUGCCGCGCCAUGUUCAACUUCUUGACAGCUUACAUACUGUGAUUGAAAAUAACAACAUUGCUUACAUAAACUUUUUAAAAUUAGUUCAGUUUCCGGCUUGGGCAUACAAAGGCGACUUCACUGAAAGCUAACCUAACCUAACUUCUUUGACAUUGCAAACUGUGGGAUGCUAAGCUUACAGAAUGAAAGAUUUGAAGGUGAAUCCUGAUAGUCGGCUAACAUGUAAGUUAAAGCGAUAUGAGACAAAAGAGUUUUCAUUUUCGGCAGAUAUCGAGAGUUAAGAGAGAUCAGCCGCUUAUUUUUGCAGAGUUUGAUUGGGAGUAGAAUCGCAUUUAUCCUCGACGCAAGUAUGACUGGCUAUGUGUAGUUUACUACAAAGUGUGUUUUCUUUAUGAGAAUAAGUGUUGGUUACGAAGAGAGUUUUUCUUUUAAGGCAAUAAGUGCUGAAUAAAUUAUAAAGAAACUGCCGGAUACCAAUUACCAUUCCAACAACUGCAUUGAAGCUUCCAUAGUUUAUAACAACAGCAUUUGAAUGAUAACAAUUGAUAAAGUGGAUCUGAAAUUUUAACCGGGUAUCAAUUAUCAUCUUCACAAUGGCAGUAAGGCCUUUCGAGUUGACCAGAACAUUUAAAUGACAACAACUAAUAAACUAGAUUUGAAUUUUAAGGGGAGGCGAAAUUCACAGUUUUGUUUUGUUUUUGGUUUCUUUCCUUGAAUAAGAUGAUAUAUUUCAGUGUUUAUUAAGACAGAAAUGGCUGACGAAAUUAACACUUCACACGGACAAAUAUAUUUCUCUUUAACAUUUACUUAACGAUUACAAUAUUAAUUAUUCUGUUAUUCAGCUCUCAGAGCAUCCUUUCAAUUAGCCCGUCCAUUGUCAUAAUGGAAAGAAAUGUAUUAAAUAAACAUCUAUGGACUCCUUUUAAAUUAAUUAAAAUCUUCCCGAAGCUGUUACAAAGUUGACUAUACGCACCGAAGGCGGAAGUAUCGACCGAAAAAAAUCUGAAAUGAAUUUUUUUCUGUGUGCUGUUUUAAUUGUGUUAUUAUUGUCCGAGGUCAUAGCAUCUCAAGCAUUUAUUUGUAAGGAAGCGUCUCUUUCUUGUCCUGUGAUAACUCGCAAUCAUCGCCGACUCAAAGGCUUUACGUUCAAAACAUUUCACUUUGCAAGCCUGAUAUCCUGUGGUUUGCUAUGUCAGAGAGACCCUCGAUGCGUUUCAACAAAUUUCAGAAAAGUUUCCAAAACUGAGGGAACAUGUGAGCUGAACGACAGAGGAGCCUUCCCUCUUGAGGAAGGAAAAGAACUGGAAUAUGACGAAGAAGCUAUUUACACUCAAUUAUAUGUCAAAAAGGUAACAAAAAUUUGUCUUAUCUAUUUUAAGUAAUGAUCCAUGCAAGAGGUGGGCAUCUUAAAAAAGUGUGUAUGUGUCUAUCUACUGGAACACAUCUAAAUAAAAGACGGACAAGCUACGAUUUUCUCUUUGUCACGAGAAGGGAACUAGCUUACUGAUGAAUUCUCUGUUAGAGGAAUAUCAGAACACGAAAGCCUCUGACCUGAGAUUUUAUUUUAUUCUUGACAUCUCAGUCUGGUAAAUACUUAUCUUUUCGACGUUAGAAGUAAACAUUUAUCAUCUGUCUCAGUAAUGCGUCUAUCCCUUGAUCCCUGUCAAGUUAUAGUAUGGUGCAAUGUCGGGUUUUCAUCUCUCUUUAUAAAUGCGAGUGGAGAAUGAUUAGCGGCGUUACUGCGAAUGUUGACUUAAAAAAAAUAAAAUAGGCUACUUUCCAAAUUUUCUCUAUCUUUAAAAAAAUGAUACUUGCAAAGUGUUCCGAAGCACUAUAAGAUUAAUUGUGUUGAGUCUUCUCAAAUAAUUUUGUGGAUUGAAAGAGGGUAACAGUUAUUUGAGACACAAAAUUGUAGUUUUGGCUUUAGGCUAAAAAUUUAAAGAUGAGUUUCUAUUUGAUGAUUAACAAGGAUGACUAGUUGAUUUCCUGAUUAAAAAAAAAAAAUUUUCAUGUCUGAGCAGCAUAACUGUCAAGUUUUCAAGGAAGAGUUCAAAGUCGUCAGCUACAGAUGUAAGUAGGGCUGAGUAGAAAAAUAAUCUUAAUAUUAAUGUCUAAGAUCCUGUACUUACACCACUGAGGAGUUACUCGUCUUAGCUGCCUCUUGUCCUUGUGUCAAGAAGCCUCCCGUCAAUGAGUGUCCCAUCGUGAUGAACCUCCACGAACUAUUUCUUGACCUUAUCUGCUUCCUUGAAAGUCCUCAAAUGUGGUUUUAAAAAAAUUAUUGAACGGGAAAAAUACUGCGAGGGUCAUUGCUCCACAAAAAAAAAAAAGAUGAAAAUAAUAAGAAGCUGUCUAAGACGUUUAAGAUCUGUAUUUUCCCAAUUAAAAGUCAUUCAUAAUUUCAAAUGCAAUUUGUGCUUACGGCAACGCAUUAAGCACAUAUGGGGAUUUUACGAGACAAUCCCUAUCCAAAAACACCUCUGGAUACUCCGAAGGUGCCUCGGUAUUAUAUACCGUCCGGGGGUACGAGAUGACCUUAACCAUGACUUGAAGUUUAGAGACUUUUAAUAUACGGAGAGUUCUUACCUGUUAAUUUUUUUCUUAUUUAAAUCCUUGAAAAGAAGUCGAAACUUUAAACUGCACUGAUUUUUAUACUUCUGUUCAAAUGUUGAAAUCAUCUGCAAUCAGCGGUAAACUUGUCAAUAUGUGUGAUUGUCUUUCUCUGUCUAAAAUACAUGUGUGGAAUCACCAAAAGGCCCAGUUCCCUUAGGUAUGGAAAAUGGAGUUAUUACUGACCCGCAGAUCACUGCAUCAUCCAUUCAUAAUUAUAAGCAUGGCUCGCAAAAUGCAAGGUUACAUUUCAAGGGAGACCCGUUGACGCAUGUAUCUGCUGGCUGGGCAGCUCGUCUGCUAGACACCAAACAAUGGCUGCAAGUAGAUCUUCAGCAUAUCACAAGGGUAAUAGGCAUAGCGACGCAAAGGGAGACAUGA